UUUAUGUAUAAAAGAUAAAAUCUACGAUAUUUUUUUUCAUAAGUUUCGUUUUUGGCGAUUUGUCUCGCGGAGAACAGUUGAUUUUUGACACUUCUGCGCAAUUGAGUGACAGAUUCAGAUAGCUAUCGUGUUAUCAUUCCGUUUCUCGAAGGGAAAACGAUAAUAACAGUGAGACAAUGUGAAAUUGGAAGAAAUGCAAAAAUAGUAUCCACACCGAAAAGAAUAGCCAGUCGAUAUGGCAUUGAGAUCACGUCGGUAGGAGAGAGAGAGAGAGAGAGAGUAGAUGGGUGGUUUUCCAGAGCUACGUAUACACACAAGAGUCAACACAAAUCGCGUUACACAACUAAAAUGUUGCGUUCGAUCGUGUCACCGUUUGUUUUAUCAUUAAUCGUUAUAUACCAUAUUCACCGCGCGUGACAUACCGGAACAUCGUUUGUGAUAAAAGUUACGUAAAAUAAUUUAUCUGCGCUCUCUCUCUCCGACGAUAAAAUUAAAAAAAAAAACAAACAAGUUAAAUAAUUAUCGUUUCAGUUCACAAGUCGACACUGCGUCGACAAAGUGUGACGACUGUGUGUUUCCGUUGCUGAAAAGCAACCCUAUGUAUGUAACGGUAAGACGACACACACAAAAGUCACGCCGGCGCGGUAGCGCGUUUAUCGAUUUUGGAAGCAAAGCUACCCUUAUAGAGUCCCGACACAUCGAUUUGACGCGAAAGCGCCGAAGGAAACAUAUAACCGGUUUUGGACACUCGGUUUUCAGCAUCGGAAAAAUUUAGUUUUCUUUAUGCGGGAAACAACGAAAAAAAGAAGAACGGUGGUUCUCGAAGGGUGUGAAGAUAAUUAAUUAUUACACACAUAUUCGCGCAAAAGCCGCGUCUCUUUUCGCGAGCGCGGAAACGUGUUUUUGAAAUCAUAAGAAAAAAAUACACCCCUUGCCUUGACGUCUUGCUCCGCGUCGCGAGACGCAUUCUCAAAAUCUUCGCGCUGCCACCAGAAAGGAAGUGAUAUCAAGGAAAAAUCAUGCAGAACUACGGACACGAGGAUUACGAUUACGGGGCGUCGAGCGAUCCCUCGCAACCGGGUCGAGUUCUGCCGCAGGUUCCGAAUGCCAGGCCGAUGGUGGACCCGCAGGCCGAGGGUGAGGUCGAUCCCAACUUGUAUCCCCAACCGAAGGAAGCCACCAACAAGAUUCGCGGCAAGAGCGACAUCCUCGAGUAUCUCUUUGGUUCCGUCGAUCAGGAGCUUCUCACCGUGAAAACGUUCUACUUCUUCUUCUACUCGGCCUUUGGUUCUCUGUUUCCGCUCAUGGGGGUCUACUUCAAGCAGAUGGGCAUGAACGCCGGACAGUGCGGUCUUCUCAUCGGUCUCAGGCCGUUCAUCGAAUUCUUGAGCGCUCCGUUUUGGGGUUCCCUGGCUGACAGAUGGCAAAAAGGCAAGAUAAUUCUAUUAGCUUCACUUUCCUGCUGGAUUCUCUUCACUCUGCCGUUGGGUUUCAUUCAGCCACCGCCGACUUCUUGCAUGGUCAAAUCGAACAACAAUACCGCUUAUUAUCUGGAAGCGUCGAACCGAGAACAAAGAAUUGUGAAAAGAUCAACGGACUUGGACGAGUUGUAUUAUCGCGAGAAUAAGGACGAGUAUUUAGAAGUCGCGUCCAAUGUCGUGUUCGAGAGAUUGCGACGAAAUACGGACAACAAUGAAUUAACGGAAUCGACGAAGAAACCGAGUUUGUUGCGAGAAAACGAAACGGGAAAAAAAGUGGACGCUGGAGAUCUCGACAACGACAAAUUGAGAAAGAACAGAGUCAAGAAACAAACACCCGUUCUGGAAAAAGAGAGCGACAACCGCGAUGACACGUCGGUGUCGGAAGAAAAUGUCAACGAUCCGUACGCCAAGACGAUGGUCGAUUUGGAAACGUUGCGAGAGAAAAAUCGUCCGGCCGAUCUUUUAGAGUAUAAACAUUUCCUAAAGAACGAACCGAUGAAAGACGGAACGGUACCGAAGAAGGCUCAUACUCGUACGAAAACCCGCGUUAAACCGCCGCCGGCAAAAGUGAUGGUAAAACGAGAAGUUGACGUUCCGUUCGAAACCUGGAAGAUCGAGAACAGCGAGGAGGAACACGGUAGAAACGUAAACGCGCCGUUGUUUAGAAAUCGCAGAAGCGUGAGAAUGUAUCACGUCGGGAGUCAACUGUCUCCAUUAUCGGUCACUUACGCCGCGAACUAUAACGAAGAACACAAUAAAGGUUGGGUGAAACCGCUCUUCAGUUCCAUCGUUUACAGAUUACCAGAUAUUCAAAAGACGUUCUUCCUCCUGCUGUUGUUGGUAAUUGUCGGUGAAUUUUUCUCGGCACCCGCUAUAACUUUAGCCGACUCGGCUGUUAUCACUCUGCUCGGCGAGGACGCUGAUAGAUACGGCCAUCAACGCAUGUUCGGGAGUCUCGGAUGGGGUUUGGCCAUGUUUUUCGUUGGAAUCGCUCUUGAUCACAGCACCGCGUUCUCGGAUCAUCCUUGCAAACCUGACGACAGGGAAAAGAAUUACACGAUUUGUUUCGCGAUAUUCAGUGUACUAAUGGGCGCCGCACUGAUAACAGCAACGCAAAUUACUUUCAAGUAUGACUUCGCGCCCGCCGAGCCGGAAGUUGAGAAGCCUCCCGCCGAGCCAACGCGGGAGGAACAACUUCAAAGUCAAUUAUCUCAACAGCUUAAUCUGCCUGGUCUUCAGGAUUCGUCCGCCGCCGUGGAUCUUAAACCUCAACCUCCCGAAGGGAAGACCAAAAUGUUUGCUCAAACGAUAAAAGAAAUACCGGAAUGGGUGACGGUGUUGAAACAGUUUAAAAAUCUGAAGUGCGCCUCGUUUCUCUUCGUCGCGUGGUGGAUGGGAUUCGGCAUCGGACUGAUCUUCACUUUCCUCUUCUGGCAUCUGCAGGAUUACGGCGGCUCGCCGACGCUUUUCGGCGUCGCGUCCGUGAUCAAUCACAUUUCCGAGAUCUUCGCGUAUUUCUUCAGUUUCAAAUUGAUCCGACAGAUCGGACACGUUAAGGUGUUGUGCAUGGGUCUGGGCGGAAAUGUGCUGCGCUUUCUUUACAUAUCUUGGCUAAAAAACCCAUGGUGGGUACUGCCCUUCGAAUUCAUUCAAGGCAUCACGCACGCGGCCGUAUGGGCUGCGUGCUGCAGCUACAUCGCUCACAACACACCCGCGCAGUUGCGCUCGAGCGCGCAGGGUGUUCUUCAGGGACUUCAUCACGGACUCGGAAGAGGUUGCGGAGCGGUGAUCGGUGGCAUGUUCGUUGCGGCUUACGGUACGACCGCGACUUUUCGCGUGUACGGUUACAUUUGCAUCGUCGUCUUAGGAGUUUUCGUCUUCAUCAAUUUCUACAGAAAAGAUACCGGUUUCGUGUCCGAAUUACCGCUGGCGGAGGAUCCGCGUCAAGUGGCCGAAGCCACGCAUUUGGCGCCGCACGGCGUACCGAGCAACGCCAUACCGCGCGCUCUGAGUUCAACUCGUUUGCACGAGUUGGCCAAUCAGGAUUCCGGCUACGGUGCCACUUAUCAAACCGCUGGUGGAAAUCUGGCCGUACCUGGUGCUAACGGAGGUCCCGGCAAUCCAACAAAUCCAUUCUUAAACGGCGGCGGUGGAGGCGAGGGUGGAUAUAAUUACGGUAUGACUGGCAAGAGGGAAGACGAGUAUAUUCGUAGGAGCUUCCAGAUCUACAAUGAGGUGGUGGGUGGUGAACUUGAUGUCGUAAAACCGACUAUCCAACUGCAUGCCCAACAACCGUGCACCAAUCCCUUUCAUCAGCACGAUUACGACUGGUAACGAGAUUCAAUCUGUCGAUAUAUAAAAAGUUUGUUACUUACAAUCGACACAGUAGAGAAUGCGGAGAGAAGAUGAGAAGGAGAAGAAAGAAACACACACAUUUACUAAAAACAUACCUAUAGUAACGUAAAUA